GUCACUGCCAACUCCACAGACGAUGCAGAGAAAUCUGCUUCUACUCUCCUCAAUUUCUGUCUCUCCUCCGUUACUCAACUCGCACUGACUCUCUGCUCCGUCGCUAGACUGACUUUCCAGUAGGACCGUUGGUUCUCCUCCGCCGCGUACUCGUCCCUAUUCAGUGCUCCGCAGUGAGUGGCGACUCCGUGGGAGAUCGAAAAAUGGCUGAAAGUGCGGCAGAUGAGAAGGACCCUCGUAUAGCAAGAAUCGCCUCCGCAAUUCGCGUGAUCCCUGAUUUCCCUAAACAAGGGAUUAUGUUUCAAGAUAUAACGACUUUGCUGCUUGACACGAAGGCGUUCAAGGACACUGUUGAUUUGUUUGUUGAGAGGUACAAGGGGAAAGCUAUCUCUGUGGUGGCAGGUAUUGAAGCAAGAGGUUUUAUAUUUGGACCUCCUAUUGCAUUGGCUAUUGGGGCAAAAUUCGUCCCCAUGAGGAAACCGAAAAAGUUACCUGGGGAGGUUAUUUCGGAAGAAUAUGCAUUGGAGUAUGGAACAGACAAAAUUGAGAUGCAUGUAGGCGCUGUUCAAGCUGGAGAGCGUGCUUUGGUAAUAGAUGAUCUUAUUGCAACUGGAGGGACCUUGUGCGCUGCAAUCAGGCUACUCGAGCGUGUUGGGGUUGAAAUUGUCGAGUGCGCUUGUGUUAUUGAAUUGGCAGAGCUCAAGGGUCGUGAAAGGUUAGGAGACAAACCCCUCUUUGUUCUUGUGAGCCCAACUUGUUCUUGAGAAGUGUCAAUUUGGCUGGCUUGAUUAAAGGAAGGAGGCAUUGUUGGUAAUAAAUGGUUUGUUGCUGGUGGGGAAGUGCUGAAUAUGUCGACCAUCAAAAGCAGGCUAUGCCAUAACCUUUGGAUUGAUUUUUAAUUUAUUGUGAAAUUAUCCCUAAAGUUUAAGCUGUUAGAGAAAAUCAACAAUUUUAUAUUUAAUCUCUUGUGAGUUCAUAUGGUUAAAAAAACAUAUUGAAAGAACUUUAGGGGUACAAUUUCCAAUGUAAUAUAGGCUCCUGGCCUUUGAUAUUGCUCCAAGAGCUAGAUGGGGAUUUUUUUUGGUGAUGGGGGUGUUAUUAGGAGAUGCAAAGUUCAACUC